UAGUUAAGUUUACACGGUGCAAGUCAUGUAAACGCAGUGAUACCCGCCAGCAUACUCGCAAAACAACGGAGGUAAAUUAACUUUAGUCUCAUUUGAGAGUAAAAGCACGAUCUUCGUUAAAAGGGGGCAUGGCAGAGGAGAACAUCAACGCCCACUUGCUAACGAUAUCUUACGGCCUCCACUGUUUUGAUUCACAGCCCUGACGGGAGGGGCAGAGAUGGCGGAAGACUGGAAGUCCGGUUAACUUCUUCAAGCUAACCUACUACUGCGGUAAAACUCCGUAUUACGAAAUAAGAUAUUGGAGUUAUCGGGGAAACUGGCAGUUUUGUACGGUACUCGUCUCCGCAUGGAGGACAUGGAGAUAUCGGCGGAGGGAGAGGCGGAGGAGCGCAGGAAGGAGCACUGGAAGCUACUCUCAAGUCUGAAGACCACAGUGGAGGGUCUUGUGUCCACCAACAAUCCCAACGUGUGGUCACGUUACGGCGGCCUGCAGCGGCUCCACAAGGACAUGAACAAUAUUCUAAGCCAUAGGCUGAAAAAUGAGCAGGUGUACUACAAGCAGAGAGAUUAUUGGCCAUUUGUGUGGUGUGUUCGCUACAUCAGCCCCCACCUUGCCUCACACGUUGAACAGUUCAGUCACCUGGAGCCGGUGCUGAGCAGUGGGAUGCAGAGUGCUGGCGAGAGCUACAAGGCUGAGCGUUGGCUCCUUCACAGCUUACAGGUUCACAUGCUUUCUGCUCAGCUCCGACCCCUGCUCCGACAUCUGGGGCAUACACGUAAAUACUAUAAUGAUGAUGCCUUUCUGCUGAGUGAGCCUCAUGUGACCGCCAUGUUCCAGUGUCUGGAAGCAGUGGAGCAGAAUAACCCUAAACUGCUGGCCCAAGUAGACACAGUCGGGCUAUCCCCUCUGAAGGGCCCACUAUGUCUGGGCCUAUUGAAGAGCCAGAGCCUGUGUGUGUUGCCGGGGGUUGGUGGGGCUUGGAGGAACGCUGACUCGGCUCCCAGAAGAGAAUCUCUAAAUCGCAGACUCACCACCUCUAACUGCUCCCUCCAAGAAGCAGUCGCCACUAGCAACAACUCAGGGAACACUACUGGAAUCGGAUCCCAAAACGGCAAAAGCACAAAUACUACCUCUGCAGCCAGCAGGUCGGGAGCUCCCUGGAUAUGUGUGGCCCAGCCGGGGGAAAGCGAGCGAGGUGUAACACCCAAUCCUGGCCCUGUUGCCAGCUCCUUCACAGAGUCUCCCUUGUCCACCACCUUUCAGCCUGAGGCCGGGGACUCUGGUGAAGGCGAAUAUGACGAUGGUCCGGAGUACUUGGCUAUUGGUAACCUCGGGCAACGCAGCCGCUGUGACUCUCGAAGCUCCACCCACAGCAGUGAGCAGGGUGUCCCUCUGGAGCAGUCACUGCAACACCUAGCCCCUAACCCUAACCUAACCCUAGCCCGGCCCCCACCAAGAUGUUCAUCUUUUUCAGAGGGCCAGAGGGGGCCGGAGCGGGGAUCCCGAGCACACACCCGCUCGUUUUCUGACACAGGCAUCAAUCAGAAACUCAAGAACGGAGUGGGCCACCGAAAAAUCACCAUAAUAAUAGAAGAUCCGGUAGCAGAAUCAGCAGUUGAUGACUGCUGUAUAAAGAACUACAGCCCUUUCUCACCUCAGCGCGAGGAUGCCAGCACUCCCAGUUCCCUCUACAUGGAGUCUCAUGGGUCCCAGUACAGCAGCAGCGCUACAGAUGGGAUGUUCAGGAAGCCGUCAGAGGGUCAGAGCCUCAUCAGCUACCUGUCGGAGCAGGACUUUGGCAGCUGUGCUGACCUUGAGAAGGAGAAUGCUCAUUUCAGCAUUUCAGAGUCCCUUAUUGCUGCCAUCGAGCUAAUGAAGUACAACCUGCGGCGUCAGGAGGAGGAGGGCGAGGAGGACGGAGACAGCGACUGUGAGAUCCAGCAGCUCAAACAGAAGAUCCGCUUGCGGAGGCAGCUGAUCCGACGCAACCGCCUGCCACCCUGCGCAAACUACCAGCACCUUUUCCAUUCCACUGACAGCGGAUGCUCCCGGAGGAGCUCUCAGGACUCCUGCGAGGGCCUGUCUGACUCCGGCUCAGCUGAGGAGGUGGAGGAGUGUGAACUACGAGAUGGCUGUGAGGGUCAGUCCCUGUUGGCGGUGUCUCAGAACGGCCUCUCCCUGUCACUCGCCUCCCUCUUCUCAGAUGCAGACAUUAAGCGCAGGAUAAGCUCCAGCAGCAGGUCGUUUCUCAGCUCAGAGUCCAUCUCUCCAUCCUUCCUCCUGUCUAACUCGGCUGAGUCAGUAGCCAUGGGUUUACUCCGGCAAUUUGAGGGCAUGCAGCUUCCUGCAGCCUCGGAGCUUGACUGGCUGGUCCCAGAACACGACGCUCCACAGAAGCUGCUGCCCAUCCCUGAUUCUCUGCCGAUCUCACCUGAUGAUGGCGAACACGCAGACAUCUACAAGCUGAGGAUUCGGGUCCGAGGCAACCUGGAGUGGGCACCGCCCCGACCACAGAUCAUCUUCAACAUUCAUUCCCCCCCCAAGAGGAAGAUAGUUGUGGCUAAACAGAACUACCGCUGCGCUGGCUGUGGCACCCGCAUCGACCCAGAUUAUAUCAAGCGACUGCGUUACUGUGAAUACCUCGGCCGUUACUUCUGCCAGUGUUGCCAUGAGAAUGCGCAGGCGGUGGUUCCCGGCCGAGUGCUGAGGAAGUGGGACUUUAGCAAGUACUAUGUCAGCAACUUUGCCCGGGACCUGCUGAGCAAAAUCACUGGAGAUCCACUGUUCAACCCCAGUGACAUAAACAGUGGCCUGUACAAGAAGAUCAAAGCUCUGGAGACUGUCAGGAUUUUGAGGGUGCAGCUGUUUCACAUGAAAAAUCUCUUCAAGACCUGCCGCUUUGCUAAAGAGGUGCUGGACCAGUUUGACAGCCUGCCAGGUCACCUCACAGAGGACCUUCACCUCUUCUCCCUCAGUGACCUCACUGCUGUGCGCAACGGGGAACUGGCUCCCCGAAUGAAAGAGCUGCUUAAACUUGGUACCCUGCACGUAGCUGGCUGUGUGCUGUGCCAGGCAAAGGGCUUUGUGUGCGAGUUUUGCGGCAACGACAAAGACAUCAUCUUUCCUUUCCAGCUGAACAAGUGCCAGCGGUGCGAAGAAUGUCAUGCCUGUUACCAUCGCAGCUGCUUCCGGACGGGUAAAGACUGUCCUCGAUGUCAGCGGCUGGCAGAGCGGAGAGAAAGGAUGGCGCGCAAAAACAUGGAGGAACAAGAAGACGAGGGAGGUGGGCCCUAGUGAUGCUCACAGAAAAAAUCUCAAAGACAAAAGAAGAGCACAAUGAAACCCUGAUGGUAGUCACCGACCGCCUCUUUCCGUUCCAGUUCUCUCAGACCUGAGUGACAAUACAGCAAACAAAUGUUUUGAUCUCUAGAGAUUGCCAGGUUUGUGGGUUUUUACUACAUCAGGGCAUCAGUUGUUUUUGUAAAAUCUGUUGAUUUAAAUGCAUUUAGUGUAAGCUAAGCCCCUUUCACACAGGCACUUUACUCUGUAAAUAGUCAGUCGAUAGGAGUCGAUUUUCUGUGAAAAUGUUGUGACUUUUACAGAGAAAUUGCCCGGGCGUUGGAAAUUUCUGAUCAGAAUUUCUUGAGGGAACAUGGCUUUAAGAAUAUUCCAACAUUUAAGAAAAGUUCUGACUUUGGUGACUACUAGUGGCAGUGUCAAAAAAGACAUUGUGACAGAUGCGUGCGAAACGGGCUUGAGAUUCACUAAAUGUCUUGGCACUUUGUUCCUCUGUGGUAAAACUAAUAUAUUUUGAAUUUAGGAAGAUCAGGAAAACUAGUAUUUAAAACGAGUAUUGUAACCAGGUUUGAUAUUUCUCCUUGCUACAAUUUCAGAUUCUGGCAACUGCUUCAACUCUGUUAAUUUAAUUGGCUACUGGCUUAGCUGAAGCUUGCUUUUGUGAUCUAAAAUACCAGGAUCUAUUUAAAAAAAGAAAAAGGAAAAAAAAAAUCAAAUGGCAAGUAAAAACACAUUUUUUAUUUGAAAUUAUGAAAGAUACUUAACUAAUCCUUUAAUUUCCCUGCUCCUUACUGUCCUGUUUUAAGUUUUUAGCAACGCUUAUUUGCCUCUGGGACCAAUGAACUUAGACUGGUAGAGCUAGUGGAGUUACAUUGGAAAGUUGAGUUUAUAGAACUGGACUUUCAAAUAUUUUAAAUAAAACCGCAAAGAGUGUGUGUGUGUGUGAAAGUGUGUGUGUAAGUAAGUGUGUGUGUGUAAGUGUGUAAGAGUAAAGAGAGCGAGAACAAAUGGUUUGCACCAGCCUAUUCAGCAAUUGCUUUUUAACGUUGGAAGGAUAUUCGAGUUAAUUGCACUGUUCUCUCUGCUGUUGUGGUGUGUGUGGGGUUGGGACGUCACUCUUUGGGCAUUUUUUUGAUGUUCGUUGUAAGAACAUGAUACGGCAUUGUGAAAUGUUUCUUUUAUGAAGCUCCUGUCACCUGGGUUGCACUACAUGGUAAAGGGUUUCAGUCCAAAAUAAAAGAAGCACAAUUUACUAAACACUCUCAACAUGCAGCAAAAAAAUCUCAAAAUGUGUUAUUCACCUCUUGUAAUCAAAUUCUUCAUACUUAAAUGAGCUUUCUCCUCCAGCAGAUCUUAGUUUACAAUGAUUCACAACCUUAUUGGCACUUUAAAGAAUAUUAGGUUCUUGGAAAAUAUGUAGCUGGGCCCAGCAGCUGGUUUUCUUAUGUUAGCAAAGCAUAGAGACUGGAAACCACUUGUCUAGUAUACAUUUUAAAGACUUCACUUGUUACGGCUUAACUGGACUUUAUAGUUAUUUUUCUUGAGGCUGACUUUACUAGUAGGGUUUAAUCUGGUUAGUGGCCUUGUAGAGUUAUAUUAACCACCAGAUUAUGUUAGGGGAAAAAUAAUCUAGUUAAAGUCAUAGUUGAUGAUAAGUAGAAAGUUGUGGGAAAACAAAUAUGCAACCCUUCCAUUUUUAUCAAAACAUUUCCCCUGGAUUUUUUUUUUUUUUUCUCUUAUCAAUCUAUUAAUGGAUUAGUCUCCAGAGUACUUAUACCCUCAUCAACAGGUUUUGCUUUAUGUGUACAAUCCCUCACAAGGUAAACAAUCCCGAGAUACUUCUUAAAGCAGAUCAUGUGAUAUUCAUUUCCCUACGGCCUCACUGAUUAGUAUUAAAGAGAUAAGCCGCCCCUGUGUCUUUAGUUCGAACCAGGCAGUUUUUAAAGAAAACACUGAACUCUUCAGCUCACAGCUCCUAAAUGAAGUGACGGAUCAACUCCACUGAAAAGCCUCGGCACAGCAGAUGGUUUGUUUUUGGACUGCUUUUAAUAUGGAGGCCUGUGGAGCUUUAAAAUGCACUACAGAUUAAAGUGUCUAUUAUUAAAAAAAAAUUGGUAUUAUAAUUAUUGGUUGUGUCAAUUUGUAUUUUUUUCUGAAAGUAUGUUGACAAUAAAAUACUGGCCAGAC